ACUGUUACAUUUUUCAAACAACCUCACUAGUUGAUCCCUGCUAGAGCUUUUCAUGUAUGUGAUUGAGAAACUGCAGAACAAGAGAAAGACGAUCACCUAUCGCAGCUCACUACUCAACCAUUUCGACUCUAUUACUCUAUUCACAAACUUAACAUUUUCACUAUAAUUUUUUUAGAAUGUUAUUUUAUUCUUAUUUUUUCAUUUUCACCCGCAAAGGCGCGCAUUUAUUUGCCCGUACUCUCAACGGCCUUCGGCGUCAGGCGACACGGCGGCGCCUCCCAAAAGACGAAGCUAUGCGUUUAUGGCGUCCACAUCGUUCCCUCUCAUUUGCCGGAAAAACUCCACGUGAGUCUCUCUUGUUUUUCCGUUCGACCAAUCUCUCCUCUUCCCACCGAAUCCAGUCGCCAAUUUUGCUCCACUUCUCGGAAUCUCGCCGUUUCUCUACAUUUUCAAUUGCCGAUGACGAGAAGCAUGGUUUCAGUCGGCCGGAGAUGUAUCGGAGCAACCUUGCUGGAACGGUUUCUGCUUACGAGCGCCAUGUGUUCCUGUGUUAUCGAAGUCCUGAGGUCUGGCCGACCCGCGUUGAAGACUCGGACGCCGAUCUGCUGCCGAAGCUUCUAUCUUCUGCCAUCAAAGCUCAUAAAAAUGAGAUCUCUUUUAGGACAAAACUGACGAUAUGCGAAGCCGGGGAGGGAACGGAGUGUUCGGAUGGAGAUGUAUUGAUUUUUCCGGAAAUGGUCAAAUACAGGGGCUUGAAAGAUAAAGAUGUGGAGAUGUUUGUUGAGGAUGUGCUUUUGAAUGGUAAACUGUGGGACUCUGGAGUAUACGAUGUUUUGGCUGGCUCUUACAUUUUUGUAUGUGCACAUGGUAGUCGAGAUAAGAGAUGCGGUGUCUGUGGACCAGUUCUUGUUUCGAAACUUAAAGAGGAGAUCGAACUUAGAGGGCUGAAGGAUCAAACUUAUGUCUAUCCAUGUUCACACAUUGGUGGACACAAGUAUGCUGGAAACUUGAUUAUAUAUAGCCCAGAUUCAGAUGGGAGAAUCAUGGGGCAUUGGUAUGGCUAUGUUACUCCUGAUGAUGUGCCUGAAUUGCUGGACAAGCAUAUUGGAAAGGGAGAGAUAGUAGAAAGGCUUUGGAGGGGUCGAAUGGAGAGGACCUGUGAUGAGGAAGGUAAAAAAGAAGACGAAGAUAAACUUCCUAGCACUGAAAUUUAUAAGGAAACUACAAACAAGCCUUAAGAGGAUGGCAGACAAGCUCUCCCUCCUCAGAUCUGUGAUGACGACAAGCGACACCUAACAGAGUACUGCUGGAUUGCCGUUUUCUGAAACGAAGUUUACUGCCCUGUCGAGUUCUUCUGUUCAACCAAGAAGUUCGACAAUGAUGUUGUUAUACUCUGUGUUGGGAUCUAUACUGUAUUCAUGCAACAUCAUAUUGAAUAUCUUUAUCCACUCUUCAAUAAACCGCCAUGGCUACAAGCAGAUAACAAUGAGAGAAAUGUUUCUUGGUUGGGCAUAACUUCUGACAUCUCUAUCAUUUUGUCAAACGGUUUCAACUCUUUUCUUCCUUGUCCCUGGACUCUACAACCUGCCAUUCUCGCGAAGCUAUAUUAGCGAAGCUCGUACAAAUUCGUUAUCUGCAAAGCCAGUAUUGACUACAUAGCAUGUCAUGGAGAUAAAGUGCUUCUUGGAGAAUACUCAAAGCUCACCAAGAAGCAAGAAUUUUUAUUUUUCACCAUGGGAACAACACCAGGAUUUAUCGUGUUCAACAACAAAGCAGCCCAAGUAACCAGGGCUUUUUUUAAGCACGUCGAGGCGUUCUUCAGGUGAAGCAUUUUAUGUCAUAUUAAUCAGAGCUGUAGAAAUUGAAAUAUCCAACUCCAAACCUUUGCUGGUAACAAGUUCAUGGAUCCUCUUUCUUUCUAAGUUACAUGAAAUGCACGCGCCUGUAAUGCACCAAUCACUGUGAUCAGAUUGAAUUUGUUUUUCCUAUUGAUAGUUUCAUUGAAAAGAUUUAGUGCUGUCAUUGUGAGAACACAAUCAAUUAAGGAGCUCCAUUAAAUUACAUGUUUUGCCAGGAUUUAGUGAAACUAGUUAGAUGCAUGAUCACCAUUAUGCUCAUACCCAGUUAUCAUUGAAGUCCACAAAAUCACGUCUGGUUGAGCAAAUUUCAACAAACGUGGAGUGGCUCGUGCAUUAUUCCACUUGUCAAGUACAGUUUGAUCAACAGAGCCUCAACAACUGUGUCAAGGAGAGUGGUGUAUUCCCCAGCUUUGAGUGUUUGCCAUUGCAAUUGUGCCAAGAUUUUGCCAUCGCUUCAUUUCCCAAACAAUUUCAAGCUGCCACUCGCUUUUCAUGUGUGAGCUGCAUAACUAUCGAGCUUCAUUUACGCAUUGGCUGAUCAGGUUAGCGUGAUCCUUUCUGGCUCGAAAUUAUAAACUAUGAAGGAGCACAAUAUAGUUUGUUCGAAGCUUAAACAAGCUGCAAAGGGACACCAUCUAAAUUCUACAUGAAGAUAUAUGGAUUAAAAAUAUAAUGAAAUCUAGAGUACAGUGACCAAAAUUGUACUUUUAAGUGUAAAAAACCAUUGGGAUUGAAUUGAAGUUAGAUAUUGGUGGAGUAAUGUUUUGUUGGUAAUGUUCUGAUUUGAAGUUUUUCUGAGGAGCAAAGUCAUUAGUGAUGGGUGGUGAAAUUAUCUCAAAUUUGAUUGAAAAACAUUUGACUUUGAGCAUUAAGCAAAGCACAUGGAUUUGAUUAAGAGGUUUGAAUCUCUUAAUGAUAAUUUAAGAUGAGAAUCUUUUCUUGAA